AUGUCGUUGGCUGCGACUGCAGUGAGGGGCCCUUCAAGACCCCCUGCUAAGGGCAGCUUCCCCCUAGACAGAGACCACGAAUGCAGCGAGGCGCAGCGUCGGUAUUUGCAGUGCCUUACCCAGCACCAGUCCCCGCAAGCUGGUAGAUUUGCGGCUUACGACCACUUUCCAUGUCGUGGGCUCGCAAAGGCCUUUCUGCAGUGCCGCAUGGACUCAAACUUAAUGCAGCGAGAAAAACUGUCUCUCCUGGGCUUCGCGGAGCCGCCUGAUGCUGCUGCGACUCCAGCAGCAACAGCGGACGAUACGCCCCUCGAAGUAUCACCAGAAACAGUCGAAAAGUGCAAAGAGGACACAGGGUAUGUUGCUGGGGUUCAGGCCCUUCAGCCGUACUCCAAAAGAGGCUUCUUUGGGCGUGUUGCUGCGCGUUUCAGCUGGCCUAAACAGUUCCUGAUGCCCCUCUUGAACCGCAACAGCAGCAGCAGCAGCAACAACAGCAGCAAUCCACCCAGAUCACCCGCGUCUGAACCAACAGAAACUUCAAGCAGCAAUAUCAGCAGCAGUGGCAGCAGUAGCGGAAGAACCAGCAUCGGUUUCGACAGUCCCUGCCAGAUUCCCGCCAGCAGCAGCAGCAGCAGCAGCAGCAGCAGCAGCAGCAGCAGCAGCAGCAGCAGCAGCAGCAGCAGCAGCAGCAGCACUUCUGAAUAA